GUUGAGCUGCUGAAGAAUGAACCGGAGCCCAGCUCUGGGGAUGAAAGCAACGAUGGGGUCCUUUCACCUGUUGAAGAGCCCAAAACAACACCAUGCCCGGUCCUUCACAAGCCGUCACAUCAAAACCAGAUAAAACAGAGCCUGUGCAAGUGCCCUCAGAGUUUCCAGCUUCUGCUCUAAUCACCAUCGAUGGGCCGGCCGAAACUCCUCAUCCUGACGACUCCCAAUCACUCAGAGAGGAUAAGCCGGAGCUCGCUUUCCAGCAGUCUGACUUUGACCUUGAGCCAGUCUCAACCACAGUCGAGACUUACAGUGUGUCGCCUGUGAUUGUGGAGCAUUUGGCUUCAGCAGAAACACCAGCAGAUGAGAUUGUGGAGCAGGAAGCUGAGCCGCCGAAGAAUGAACCCGAGCCCAGCUCUGAGGAUGAAAGCAACGAUGGGGUCCUUUCACCUGUCGAAGAUCCCAUUAACAACACCAUGCACAAGCCAGAGAUGGAGAACAAGAGGAUACAAUAUGGUAGAGAGUUUCUUUUGAGAAUGCAGUUCAUGCCUGAUUGUAUGCAGAAGCCAGAGGGGCUUCCAUUCAUACCUGAUGUGGUGCUACGCAAGUGUAACCAAAAUAGGUUGCCACCGGACCCACAGAGGCUCAUCUCCAGAGACCCUUUCUUCAUUCCAGCCUUUGCAGACAAUAGAAGUAUGAUUCCUAAUGAGAAAAGAGCACCACAACCGAAUGCAAUUUGGAGGCGGCCUCCACCCAACAAGUUCCUCUUGCAUGUGCCUAUGAAUGAAGAGGUAAAGUUGAAGAAGGCUGAGAAUGCCUGGAAGCCUCGCAUAAAAAGCAGUAAUUCCACAGAGGACCUCGAAACCCAGAAAACUGAGAAGCUUUUCCGGACGGUGCGCAGUAUCCUUAACAAACUGACGCCGGAGAUGUUCGAUCAGCUGAUGAAGCAGGUGAAAGAGCUCCACAUCGACACAGAGGAGCGACUAAAGGGUGUCGUCAACCUGAUAUUUGAGAACGCCAUUGAUGAGCCCAACUUCUCCAUGGGGUACGGGAUCAUGUGUAAAUCUCUGGCUGCAAUAAAUGUGCCCAUGGCAAACAAACCCCACAGCAAUGUGAAUUUUCAAAGGCUGCUCCUUCACCGCUGUCAGAAAGAAUUUGAUAAGGACAAAACGAGCAACGAUGUCCUUGAUAAAAAACAGCGGGAACUGGAAGCAGCUGUUUCAGCCAGUGAACGUGAGAGGCUUCAGGACGAGCUGGAGGAGGCAAAAAACAAAACUCGCAGAAAAACAAAGGGUAACGUUAAGUUCAUCGGGGAGCUGUUUAAGUUGCGAUUGUUGACUGAGUCAAUCAUUCAUAACUGUGUGGUGAAACUGCUGAAAAAAAAUGACGAGGAAAGUCUCGAGUGCCUCUCAAUUCUCCUCACGACCGCCGGCAAAGAGAUGGACGUUAAGAAGGCCAAGGUACAAAUGGAUAAGUACUUUAAAAAGAUGGAAGAAAUUGUGAAGGGGAAAAAAACCUCAUCACGCGUUCGCUUUAUGCUCCAGGACGUAAUUUACCUGCGCCUGAACAACUGGGUACCACGGAGAGUUGUAGAAGGACCGAAGACCAUUGAAAGUAUCCACAUGGAUGCCAUGGAGCAGCAGGAGGAGCAAAGAAUAGUUCAAGAAAAGCUACGAUCCAUGGGCCCGACUAGGCGAGUAUUUUCAAGUCAUAAGACCAUGAACACUGUGAGAAUGAACAGUACAUUAGACCCCAACAAGAUCCCUAAAAUCAAAAAGUUUCCAGCAGAUGAUAAGAUCUAUUUUGGACCGAAUUUCGAGAGACGACGGCUGAACUGGAAGAAUGGCUGCAAUGAAGAAACUAGCGCUAGAGCCACAUCUGGAGCAUCAGUGAAACUCGACGCAGUGCCAGACUUGACUACAAACAAGCCUGAGCUAUCAGAGGAGGAAAUGGAGAAACGGUCCAAAUCCAUAAUCGAGGAAUUCCUACACAUAAAUGAUUACAAGGAGGCCUUGCAUUGCGUGGAGGAACUGGACCAGGGCAGGAUGCUGUACCUUUUUGUUCAGGUGGGUGUGGAGACCACGCUGGAGCAAAACCAGAUCACACGUGACCACAUGGGUCAUCUGUUCCAUCAGCUGCUGCAGGCUGGGAUCCUCUCCACAUCUCAGUUUUUAAAGGGUUCUCAGAAACCCUCCAGAUUGCAGAUGAUAUGGCGAUUGAUAUUCCUUAUGUAUGGCAGUACAUAGCGGAGCUCGUUAAUCCUGUGCUUCGGAAAGGAGGAAUCUCUUUGAGAGAAUUAUUAAUUGAAUUUAGCAAACCACUACUUCCUGUGGCAAGAGCUGGCAUAUUAUCCGCAGAAAUAUUGCACCUUCUCUGCAAACAAAUGAGCCAGACGGAAGUGGGGGCCUUAUGGGGGGACUCUAAACUGAGCUGGGCUGAUUUUCUUCCUGAAACUGUGGAUGUGAACAACUUCAUUACUGAGCAGGUCUAUAAAGAAGUGAAGAGAGACCGCUAUGCGUUGGGAGUUGAGCGGUUAUGAGGCUACACAGAACAUUAAG